AUGAAAAUAGAAAGUGAUUUAAAAAGGGAAGUAAAAAAUAACAUUUUACAUCAUAGAGCAAUUGGAUCAUAUAAAGGUAAAAGGCAUGCUAUGGGAUAUCCAGUGAGAGGGCAAAAGACCAGAACAAAUGCUAGAACUGCUAGAAAAUUAAAUGGUAGAUGGUUAAAGAAAUUCGAAUUUAGCACUCUUGUAAAUGGAGCAACAACAUCACCUUCAAGUUCUUUUAUUAAUAGAAAUGAUUAUUAUUAUACUCUUCCAUUAUUGACUCAUUUCAGACCUUUUGAAAGAUUUUACAAUAAAUUCUUUUAA